UCCUUUUAGGGAAGUAUAUUCUAGAAUGUGGUGGAACGAGGUUCGUAUGCUCGCCUCUUUCGCUUUCUCUUACACGAGCAGAAGGAUCCCGUGCUGUGGCGCCGGCGAUGGCCGCGAGGAGAAGCUGAUGAAUCGCGUGCUGGAGAAUGCCGAGCGGAAUCCAGAGUCUGUGAUCCAAACCAUGGAUGCGUUUGCGAAAUCGGGCACCUGGUUCAUGUCCAUCGGCGAUCGCAAGGGUAAGAUUCUCGAUGCCGCGCUCCAGAAGAGAAAGCCGACGCUCGUGCUGGAGCUCGGAUCCUACUGCGGUUACUCGGCCGUGAGGAUCGCGUCCCAGCUGGCGAUUCCAGGCAGCAAGCUCUUCACUGUGGAGAUCAAUCCUCGCUAUGCCGACAUUGCCAGGCAGAUUAUCGAUCACGCAGGCCUGUCUUCUCAGAUCCAUCAGCUUCCGGGACCUUUGAGCACUCACAUCGAAGCUCUCCAGCUUGCGCUCAAGAGCUCCUCCUUCGAUUUUGUUUUCAUGGAUCAUAGCAAGGAUUACUACUUGGAAGACUAUCUACUGCUCAAGAACUUUAAGCUCAUUGGAGAUGGCUCUGUAGUCUUCGCGGAUAACUUGGGAUUCCCUGGCUCGCCACAGUUUUGGAACUAUCUCCACAGGGGGGAGGGCCAGGAGCUAGAAACGGAGUACCACCAAACGAAGGUGGAGUAUCUUGACUGGAUCAAUGAUACAGUCGCCAUAUCUACCGUUCGUGGAUGAAUGUUCUCUAGGUAGCUACCUUUCCUUUUCGAUCAACCUGCCAAAGAAAAAAAAAAAAAAAGAACCCAUCUCAGUCGUGAGUCGUGACUGAUGUUACUUAAAUGACAGUGGAGUUUUGGUCCCACAUAUUGCCAACCUCUCGUGAAAAG